AGUCAGUUGGGAGGAAAGUUGCAAAGCAAAGAAACAUGGUGGUCUGGGAUUUAAGAAUCUCUGUCUCUGGAACUAUGCCUGCAAUCAGAAACUCCUAUGGGACAUUGCCAAUAAAAAAGACAUACUAUGGGUUAAAUGGAUUCACAACAGAUACUUGAAGAAGGAAACCAUAUGGAAUAUUUCACCUAAGCCUGGGUUUUGCUUCUAUCUGAAAAGACUUCUAGCAAACAGGGAGCUAUUCCACGGGAUGGAUGAAACGAAGGAAUACGAGAAUCCCCACUAAAGCUAGACUGAGCAGAUUUAUGAACAUUGAUACCACUUGUGUCCUUUGCAAGAAUGCUAUUGAAGAUAGGGAUCAUUUGUUCUAUGAAUGCAGGUUCACUAAAGAGGUUCUAACUCAUAUUGGUCAGUGGAUCAAUCACAGAUUUCUAGUAGGGAAUGGUGAGGAAUGGCAAAAGGAAUAUUGGAGGAUUAAAGGGAGGAAGAGAAGGCAAGUGGUGGCAGCUGCGUUUGCAGCUAUUUGCUACACUGUUUGGAGAGCAAGAAACAAAUGGAUCAAGCUACAGGAGGAGAUUUCAAUUGAGGACUGUUGCAUGUUCAUUAGAUAUCAACUUAAAACAUAUAUUAAUGUUAAGCUUAAAUCCAACUAUCUGUCAUAAUAGAUACGUUUGAGAGUAGGCAUAGAGAUGAUUAUUGGGGUGUUGAUGUACUUAUAAGUGUUUGCGGUUUAAUAAUAUGAGCAUUUGUUCAAAAAAAAAAAAAUUUGCAUAUUAAAAAAUUAUUGAAGUUAUAUAUUAAUAAUCUAUAUGUUAAGAUAAAUCAAACAUGAUCAACAUGACUAUAUUAAAGCUUACACAUUGAG